AUGGCUACACUACUAAUCAACCGAGUAAAGUGUGUACCGCUCUCGACACGGGCAAAGCAACCAUCACUUUGCGCCCGGGCUCUCCUCCUCGCUGUGCUCUUUUCACAUCUUCCAUCAAUCACAGCAUCACCUUUACCAUCUCUCCAAGCAUCAGCCCCAGAGUUCGAUCCCGGAGACGCACUAGCACCAGCAUCAGACCGAGAAGGCGACGCCUCUAGGGGAGUAUCGCUCGAGUACUCAGAUCUCGAAGUGAUAGAUCCAACGACGGGUCUCCACGUGAAAGACGAGGAUGAAGGGAAUCUCGACUACGAGGAUCAUGUUGACGAGGACGAGAGGAUAGGUGUCGAUGUGACGGGUAAUGAAACCGAGCCGGUGGUAGAAGACCGCACCGGACCUCACCCAACCGCACAUCCAACGAGCUCACCCUCCCUUGGACCCUCCAGCCUCCCAGACAAGUUCCUCGCCUCCUUCUCCGGCCUCGUCAAAUCCGGCUUCUGGAAGGCCCUGCUCGGGAGCUUCCUCGUCUUUUGGAUUCUGAUUGCUUCCACUGUCGGCGCGCUGGUGGUCAUCGGGAUCCGGGUCAGACGGAUGGAUAGGAGCGGGCAGUUGCGGCGAUGGAGGGUCUCAGGGGAGGAAAUGAGCAUGAGCCAGAGGAGGAAAGAGGUAAGCGAGUGUAUUGAGGAGGAGUAG